AAGCAUGAGUUUGCUCCAUUUAGAAACCUUCACAGAGAGAAAUCAAUGAAUGAAUGAAUGGGGAGGUUAAAACCAGACAGAUCAACCGCCCGGCCGACCGGCGAACAUGCAGUUCACAGAUCAACCGUCGUAGUUCCUUCCGAUUUAAGCCUGCUAAUGUGGUUGUCACUUCUGAACAUACUCUGCAAUCGGGCUUGUGUUCAUUAGCGGCAUUCUCUCUGGCACUCUUUUGGGGAGGAGGAACUUGAUUUGGUAAAUAAAUGGACUUUUGAAUUGAAGGUGAAAAGAUCAUUCAGGGAAAGCCCUUUGGAAUCGACAACGCAGUCGGUGCAUAUGGGUAUUCGGUGUUUUCGGAACCAAGCAUCAUCUUCGAGGGAAGGUUAUUUAUAUGAAUUGGGCGAUAAUCCUGUGAUAUUUGUAAAUGGAAAGCAUAUUUUGGUAUUCUGAGGGAAGAUUUGAUGAUUAAAUCUGAUAAUUAUUUAGAUUUGUGAAAUUUUGAUUUUGUUUCCCUAGUUGAUUUUCCGUAGGCGUUUAUAUUAUAGGUGGUCAUCUUGGUAAAACAAUUCCGAUUCAAUUGUGCAUGGUUGUGGAGACCAUUUGCAUGCAUUUAUGAUUUAUGUAUGUCAAGAAAAGGAUAUGUCUGUUUCUUUCCUGAGCUUGUGUCGUUUUCAAUCACGACCCACUGCAAUGGAGGUCCAUUUUCUUACGCAAUAAACGGUUACGCCAAAUAUUUUUCUUGUGAAUGGAUUGUCAAGGGCAUAACCAAAAUCCACCAACGUUGUCUGUUGGUAGCGCAGAUCAAUGGCCGUUCGGAUUUAUCCUGUGUCACCCAAACCAUAUCAUAUCACCUGCUGGGGCUCAGUUGGGUCAGCAUCAACUUGCUUAUCAGCUUAUUCAGCAGCAGCAGCAACUUCAGCAACAACUACAAGCCUUUUGGGCAAACCAGUACCAAGAAAUCGGAAAGGUUACUGAUUUCAAGAACCACAGCCUUCCCCUGGCAAGGAUCAAGAAGAUUAUGAAGGCUGACGAGGAUGUUAGAAUGGUUCUCACUGUUUUCGGAACCAAGCUUCAUCUUUGAAGAAGAAUGGAUCAUCAAGGAAACAACCAGAAUGCGCAAAUGGGGGUUGUCGGUAGCGGAGGUCAAAUGCCGUACGGAUCUAACACAGUUCAGUCAAACAAACUUCAGCAAAAGCUUCAAGUGUUUUGGGAAAAUCAAAUCCAAGAAAUCGAAAAUGUCACUGAUAUCAAGAACCACAGCCUUCCCCCGACAAGGAUUAAAAAGAUUAUGAAGGCUGACGAAGAUGUUAAAAUGAUAUCUGCAGAGGCCCCAGUCUUAUUUGUGAAGGCCUGUGAAAUGUUUAUAUCGGAGUUAACUCUGCGGUCUUGGAACAACACUGAAGAAAACAAUAGGAGGACACUUAAGAAGAAUAAUAUUGCUGCAGCAAUAGCAACGACUGAUAUCUAUGAUUUUCUGGUCGACAUUGUUCCCCGCGAGGACCUGAAAGAUGAAGUGCUGGCAUCAAUCCCAAGGGGAACAAUGCAUGUUGGUGGGCCUGCUGAUGCUCUUCCAUAUUGCUACAAUGCACCUCAGCAGCCUGUGAUGGACCCAAAUAUGCAUGCUGAGCAGCCUCAUCCCUUCAUGGCACCACCAAUGUGGCCACAGCCUUCCGACCAGCGACCACCAUCUCCAGAUCACUAGAUGCUGCUUUGUGGAUGUUAAGUUUGCGGGGAACUGUAACGUGGUGGGGUGUGUGAAAAUUUCAAUCAAGGUCCAUUGGUGCGACCAGAAGCUGUACCUGAUAGUUUUUUUUUGGUACAAUGUACCUGAUAGUUUACUUGCAUUGCAAUACUAUUAUGUAUGGAUAUUGUGUCAGUAAAAUCUUAACUUUAUGUUAAAUUAAGCUUUUUCAGCGUUUAAUUUUAUUAUCAUGCAGACACCAUUUGGGAUAUAUAUUUACCAAAAUUUAUCUUAUUUGUGUUCUGCAAAAUUGUAUGCCCUUUGGAACUUUUAUGCUUG